AUGCCACGUUAUUUUCGCAACGUUCAAGUUUACGACCCCAAACCUCAGCCUCCCGUCGUUGUUGGAGGUAUCCACCAACAUGGAUCUCUGUCCAUCUCAUACUUCUAUUCUAUGUUGGACACCGUGCUGGUUGCCCAAUCCUCUUGGGUCUUGUUCUGUGCUGAUGCGCAAUACCAACCUAUGGGCUAUGCGCUGGAUCGUGAAGACUCUAGCGUCUUGCCUGUGGGCAUAUAUGUCGUCAUGUCGCCUGGUACGCUAGCAGUGAAUGUGAACAAAGCUCAUCCUCUUGCAGAAUAUCAGGCGCUUGAUGUAUCUUUGACGUCAGAUGCACAUCGACCACGGACACUGUCCUUGAACAUCUCGGGAACCACCCGCACGGACGGCUUCAGGAGUCGUGUACGUGAGAGGGAUGGACGUUGUUGCGUCACAGGAGAUUUUGUUGAGGGAGGAAAUUACCACCCUUUUCAUGCCAGCCACAUAUUUCCAAUUGCCCAUCGUGACGUCUGGGACUUGUUACAGCUGUCCCAGCACAUUCGAGACGAUGCCCCCGAACGCGACCAAGGCCCCGUUUCCAUCAACUCCGUUCAGAAUGGUCUUCUCCUCCGUACUGAUAUCCACAGUCGUUUCGAUGCCUACGACUUCGCCAUAAAUCCAGAUAGAGGUUAUCGUAUCGUUGACUUCACGGAAGGAGGAAAAUUUGAUGGUUAUGUCCUAUGGAUCAACCAAAACGUUGAACCAAAAUAUCGCCCGUCUGAUGAUCUCCUUCGGGAACAUUUUAAACAAUGCGUCCUGGCAAACGUCAAGGGUGCAGGCGAGCAAAAGGAUGACUGGGCAGACCCCGAGGAUGACCAUGACAUUAGUGACUUUUCGACUUGGGAACAAAAAACCGGCGAUGAUAAAGGGCCCAGCCGCCUGGAACUCGAACUAGCGGCAAGACUUUAUAAUCAAGAGACUCUUCUCGGCUAGCAACCUCUCGAUGUCAAGGUGCCCUUCCAACUAAGCUCUGUCCUGUCUCACUUUCCAUGAUACCUCGUCUCUUGUCGUCACCAUAAUUGCAUUUUACAUAGAUCCUUGCAGCUGAUUCCGGAAACUUAUCAUUAUGAAAUUUU